AAAUUCAAGACGCAGACAAUUUCCUCCACUCUUUCGACCACCACCCAAACGAUCACCCAACGUUCCUCCGCCUUACCCUUCCCUUCGACAACCCGACGACAACAACCAGCCCAGUCGAGAGAUUGUUGUUGCCCAAUAUGUCUGACAACGGAGAGAUCGAGGUCGAGGCCGUCUCUGGCUACCAGGUCCUGCCCAAGGAUGUUGUCGCCGAGAUUGGCAGCAUCAAGCUGUUCAACAAGUGGUCCUACGAGGACGUCGAGAUCCGCGAUAUCUCCCUGACCGACUACAUCCAGAUCCGCGCCCCCGUCUACCUGCCUCAUACCGCUGGCCGCUAUGCCGUCAAGCGCUUCCGCAAGGCCAACUGCCCCAUCAUUGAGCGUCUGACCAACUCGCUCAUGCAGCACGGACGCAACAACGGCAAGAAGCUGAUGGCCGUCCGCAUCGUUGCGCACGCCUUCGAGAUCAUUCACCUGAUGACCGACCAGAACCCCAUCCAGGUCGCUGUUGAUGCCAUUGUCAACUGCGGUCCUCGUGAGGACUCUACCCGAAUUGGUUCCGCUGGUACCGUCCGCCGACAGGCCGUCGAUGUCUCUCCCCUCCGCCGCGUCAACCAGGCCAUCUCCCUCCUCACCACCGGUGCCCGCGAGGCCUCCUUCCGCAACGUCAAGUCCAUCGCCGAGUGCCUGGCUGAGGAGCUGAUCAACGCCGCCAAGGGCAGCAGCAACUCGUACGCCAUCAAGAAGAAGGAUGAGCUGGAGCGUGUCGCCAAAUCCAACCGGUAAAUGGUCUACUACCCUUUCCUCCAUCGUGGGAGCAAAAUGGUGUGGGCGUUCUGUUCCGGGAGAUGCUGGUCUGUGGCGGUUUUUUGUUGUGGAUGGUUUGAGAAAGCACCAGCAGCAACAGCAGCACUCGUCGACCGCACGUGCUGGCUGGCACGUCGUCCCGUACCAUUCAUGGGCCAUGGUCGUUCACGAAAACGGAAUUUUUCGGUUGGGUCUUUGAGGGGGGAGGCAUUGGAAAAACCUGGGAACGAUAGUACCAAGUCUUCUCGGGGGUGUCUUUCUUCCUCCGGUUGCAUUCGCGCGUUCAGGGGUCUUUUCUCAUGGCUUGCUGUCUGUCACGUUAGGGCAGAUGAAAAAUCCACAUUCAAACCAAAAGAUACAUAUAUAUGCUUAUGCCGUGUG